AUGUGAUGGGGACCCCUUUUGCAGCUUCUCCCCAUUUAAGGCGCUCACCAAAAACCAACCAAACCCCCAACCAAAUCACACUUAAAUACUUCUUUUCUAGUUACACAUAUCUCAGAUUUGCACAAUUCCAAUUCUUUCUGUCCAAAGCAGCCCAAAAGCCACAAUCUUUAUUGGUUUCUUCGCUUAAAGAUUUCUACUGAUCUUCUUCUACUUCUUUAAGUGGAAACAUGUUAGAAGCUCAAAGGAUGCCACUAAAUGGAAGUUUAAACUAUGGUAACAAUGGGAACAUAAAUGGGACGAUUUCACUGAGGUCUUCUGCAAGUAGAUCCGCCAUCGAUGAAUUUUGUUAUGCUCUCGGGGGAAACAAGCCGAUCCAUAGCAUCUUAAUUGCGAAUAAUGGAAUGGCGGCCGUAAAGUUUAUAAGAAGUGUGAGAACAUGGAGUUAUGAAACAUUUGGUUCGGAUAAAGCGAUUUUGUUGGUAGCCAUGGCCACACCGGAGGAUAUGCGGAUAAAUGCAGAGCAUAUUAGAAUUGCGGAUCAAUUUGUAGAAGUCCCCGGUGGUACAAAUAAUAAUAAUUAUGCAAAUGUGCAACUCAUUGUAGAGACUGCCGAGAUAACACAUGUUGAUGCCGUUUGGCCUGGUUGGGGUCAUGCAUCCGAAAUCCCGGAACUACCCGAUGCAUUGGUGGCUAAAGGAAUUAUAUUUCUUGGGCCACCUGCUUCAUCCAUGGCGGCUUUAGGAGAUAAAAUCGGUUCUUCGUUGAUUGCACAAGCAGCUGACGUGCCGACACUUCCAUGGAGUGGUUCUCAUGUGAAAAUAGUGGCGGAAAGCUGUUUGGUGACAAUUCCCGACGAUGUAUAUAGAAAAGCUUGUGUGUAUACAACCGAAGAAGCAAUUGCCAGUUGUCAAGUUGUCGGUUAUCCGGCCAUGAUUAAGGCAUCAUGGGGUGGAGGUGGCAAAGGCAUUAGAAAGGUGCAUAAUGAUGAAGAAGUCAAGGCACUUUUCAAGCAAGUUCAAGGUGAAGUGCCCGGUUCCCCUAUAUUCAUUAUGAAAGUUGCUUCUCAGAGCCGACAUCUCGAAGUUCAGCUACUAUGUGAUCAGCAUGGCAAUGUAGCGGCUUUACACAGUCGUGAUUGCAGUGUUCAAAGACGACACCAAAAGAUUAUUGAGGAGGGGCCGAUAACCGUAGCUCCACCGGACACAAUAAAGAAGCUUGAGCAAGCGGCAAGAAGAUUAGCAAAAUCGGUUAAUUAUGUUGGAGCUGCAACUGUAGAAUAUUUGUACAGUAUGGAAACUGGGGAUUAUUAUUUUUUGGAGCUUAACCCCCGUUUACAGGUUGAGCAUCCUGUCACAGAGUGGAUAGCGGAAGUUAAUAUACCGGCAGCACAAGUUGCAGUUGGAAUGGGAAUUCCUCUUUGGCAAAUUCCUGAAAUAAGACGAUUUUAUGGGAUGGAAAAUAGUGGAGGGUAUGAUGCUUGGAGAAGAACAUCGGUUCUUGCAACUCCGUUUGACUUUGACCAAGCGGAGUCCGUUAGGCCAAAGGGUCAUUGUGUUGCUGUACGUGUAACAAGUGAGGAUCCAGAUGAUGGUUUUAAGCCCACUAGCGGGAAAGUUCAGGAGCUUAGUUUUAAAAGCAAGCCAAACGUGUGGGCAUACUUUUCGGUCAAGUCCGGAGGAGGCAUUCACGAAUUCUCAGAUUCUCAAUUUGGUCAUGUUUUUGCAUUUGGAGAGUCAAGAGCACUAGCCAUCGCAAAUAUGGUUCUUGGGCUGAAAGAAAUCCAAAUUCGCGGUGAAAUCCGUACUAAUGUUGAUUAUACAAUCGAUUUAUUACAUGCUCCGGAUUAUGCCGAAAAUAAAAUUCAUACGGGUUGGUUAGAUAGCCGAAUCGCUAUGCGGGUUAGAGCAGAAAGGCCCCCAUGGUACCUCUCGGUAGUUGGGGGAGCUCUUUAUAAAGCGGCUGCUAGAAGUGCUUUCAUGGUUUCUGACUAUGUUGGUUAUCUUGAAAAGGGUCAAAUCCCUCCUAAGCAUAUAUCGUUGGUCAACUCUCAAGUUUCUUUGAAUAUUGAGGGUAGUAAAUACACGAUUGAUAUGGUAAAAAAAGGACCAGGAAGUUAUAGAUUAAAAAUGAAUAAAUCGGAGAUUGAAGCAGAAAUACACACUCUACGUGACGGGGGCUUAUUAAUGCAGUUGGAUGGAAAUAGCCAUAUUAUAUACGCAGAGGAAGAAGCUGCCGGUACUCGACUCCUAAUCGAUGGACGAACUUGCUUGCUUCAGAAUGAUCAUGAUCCUUCCAAAUUGAUGGCGGAAACGCCAUGCAAGCUUCUAAGAUACUUGGUGGCAGAUGGUAGCCAUGUUGACGCCGACACACCUUACGUUGAGGUUGAAGUUAUGAAAAUGUGUAUGCCGCUUCUUUCACCGUCUUCUGGCGUUAUACAAUUUAAAAUGUCUGAAGGUCAAGCCAUGCAGGCUGGCGAGCUUAUAGCAAGACUUGAUCUUGAUGACCCGUCAGCUGUAAGAAAAGCAGAGCCCUUUACCGGAAGCUUUCCUGUUCUGGGCCCACCGACUGCCAUAUCAGACAAAGUUCAUCAGAAAUGUGCUGCAACUCUAAGUGCCGCUCGGAUGAUUCUUGCUGGCUAUGAUGACAACAUUGAUGAUGUUGUACAAAACUUGCUCCUUUGUCUAGAUAGUCCGGAUCUUCCGUUCCUACAAUGGCAAGAAUGCUUUGCAGUGUUAGCAAAUCGACUUAAUAAAGAUCUAAGAAACAAGCUGGAAUCAAAGUUUAAGGAGUACGAAGGCAUUUCCACACAACAAACAAUUGACUUCCCGGCCAAAGUUUUACGGAACAUUCUAGAAACCCACCUCGGAUCUUGCUCGGAAAAGGAGAAGGUAGCCCAAGAAAGACUCGUUGAACCGUUAAUGAGUCUUGUUAAGUCAUAUGAAGGUGGUAGAGAGAGUCAUGCACGCGGGAUUGUUCACGCUCUUUUUGAAGAGUAUUUGUGUGUUGAAGAAUUAUUUAGUGACAAUAUUCAGGCUGAUGUAAUCGAACGUCUUCGACUCCAAUACAAGAAAGAUCUCUUGAGGAUUGUUGACAUCGUGCUUUCCCAUCAGGGAGUUAGAAGUAAAAACAAGCUGAUACUACGACUGAUGGAGCAUUUGGUUUACCCUAAUCCAGCUCCUUAUAGAGAGAAACUCAUUCGGUUUUCCGCACUCAACCACACAAGUUAUUCCGAGUUAGCGUUGAAGGCAAGUCAACUGUUGGAACAAACUAAAUUAAGCGAACUUCGUUCAAGUAUCGCAAGAAGUCUUUCUGAGUUAGAGAUGUUUACUGAAGAAGGUGAAAAUAUCGAUACCCCUAAACGGAAAAGCGCAAUCAACGAAAGAAUGGAGGAUAUUGUGAGUGCUCCUUUGGCGGUUGAAGAUGCCCUUGUUGGUCUUUUUGACCAUAGUGAUCACACCCUUCAAAGGCGCGUUGUUGAGACCUAUGUUAGAAGAUUAUAUCAGCCAUAUCUCUUGAAGGGGAGUGUUAGAAUGCAAUGGCACAGAUCUGGACUUAUUGCAUCGUGGCAAUUCGUGGAAGGGCAUAUCGGUGAAUUGAAUGCUUCUGGUUAUGAAAUGACCGAAACGCCCUUGGUUGACAAGAAAUGGGGAGCUAUGGUUAUAAUAAAAUCUCUUCAAUUUUUACCCGAUGUGAUCAGCGCAGCUCUUAAAGAAACGACUCAUAGUUCUCAUAGUUCGGGUCAUAGUGGGUCAGCGGGUCCUACUGACCACGGUAACAUGAUGCACAUUGCAUUGGCCGGCAUCAACAACCAAAUGAGUUUGCUUCAAGACAGUGGUGAUGAGGAUCAGGCUCAAGAAAGAGUGAACCGGUUGGCAAAAAUACUGAAGGAUAAAGAAUUAAGCUCGAGUUUAAAAAACGCAGGGUAUGAAGUUAUAAGUUGUAUAAUACAAAGAGACGAAGGUAGGGGCCCGAUGAGACACUCGUUUCAUUGGUCAGAAAGUAAUCGUUAUUAUAUCGAAGAGCCAUUAUUGCGCCACGUGGAACCUCCACUAUCUAUUUACCUUGAACUGGAUAAACUGAAGGGCUAUGAGAAUUUAAAGUACACUCCGUCGCGUGACAAACAAUGGCACAUGUAUACGGUUGAAGCGAAACCACUUCCGGUUCAAAGAAUGUUUCUUAGAACACUUGUAAGACAACCAACGAAAGAAUGGUUUUCGCCCUCGGGAUACCACGGUUCAGAAGUUGUGGGCCCACGGUCUCAGUUGACUUUAUCUUAUACAUCAAGGAGUAUUUUGAGAUCUUUAGUGACCGCCAUGGAAGAACUCGAACUUCAUGUUCAUAAUGCGACUGUCAAAUCCGAUCAUGCUCAUAUGUAUCUCUAUGUCUUAAAGGAGCAGCAAAUAGACGAUCUCGUUCCGUUCUCCAAGAGAGUGGAUGUAGAUUCUGGGACCGAAGAGGGUGCGGUUGAGACACUUUUGGUGAAGUUGGCCCGUGAAAUCCACACCAUGGUUGGUAUAAAAAUGCACCGGUUAGGUGUUUUUGAGUGGGAGGUUAAGCUUUGCAUGGCGUCUUCUGGUCAAGCCAAUGGUGCGUGGAGGGUAGUGGUUACUAAUGUGACGGGUCAUACGUGUAUUGUCCAUGUUUAUCGGGAAAUCGAGGAUAAUGUUGAACACAAGGUGGUUUAUCAUGCUACAUCGACAUCGGGCCCGUUACAUGGUCUUCCUGUGAACGCACCAUUUCAGCCUUUGAAAUUACUCGAUCAGAAACGUCUUUUGGCCCGGAAAAGCAAUACUACUUACUGCUAUGACUUCAUGCUGGCGUUUGAAGCAGCCCUUGAGAAUAUCUGGUCAUCGAAACUUCCCGGUGAUAAUAGGCCCGGUGGUAAACUUGUAAAUGUGACAGAGCUCGUGUUUGCUGACCCGAGAGGCUCAUGGGGUACACAGCUUGUGGAAAUGAACCGCGAGCCGGGCCAGAACAAUGUGGGCAUGGUGGCAUGGACCAUGGACCUCCGCACACCCGAGUUUCCUCAUGGAAGGAAAAUUUUGGUAGUUGCAAACGAUGUCACGUUUAAAAACGGGUCUUUCGGACCGAUUGAGGAUGCGUUUUUCGAGGCGGUCACCGAACUUGCGUGUACGAAGAAACUGCCGCUCAUCUACCUGGCAGCGAACUCGGGGGCCCGAAUCGGGGCCGCUGAGGAGGUUAGAUCUUGCUUUAGAAUUGGGUGGUCCGAUGAAUCUAACCCUGAUUCUGGGUUCCAGUAUCUGUACCUAACUCCCGAAGAUUACAACCGAAUCAAAUCGUCGGUAAUUGCACAUGAAAUUUGUCUCGAGAGUGGUGAAACGAGAUGGGUUAUUGAUACAAUUGUGGGAAAAGAAGAUGGAUUAGGGGUUGAAAAUUUAAGCGGUAGCGGGGCCAUUGCUGGUGCGUUUUCGAAAGCAUAUAAAGAAACUUUUACAUUAACGUAUGUAACGGGAAGAACCGUUGGGAUAGGAGCUUAUUUGGCCCGUUUGGGAAUGCGGUGCAUACAACGCGUUGACCAACCAAUAAUCUUGACCGGGUUUUCGGCUCUAAACAAGCUUUUGGGCCGAGAGGUUUACAGCUCGCAAAUGCAACUCGGUGGGCCGAAGAUCAUGGGGACAAACGGUGUUGUCCAUUUAACGGUUUCUGACGAUCUGGAAGGCGUUUUGGCAAUCUUGAACUGGUUAAGCUUUGUUCCACCGUAUGUCGGUGGCCCGCUUCCAGUUUUGGCGCCGGUGGACCCGGUAGACCGGCCUGUAAACUACCAGCCCGAAAACUCAUGUGAUCCUCGUGCGGCUAUUUGCGGGACAGUGGACGGGAAGGGGACAUGGUUAGGAGGGAUUUUCGAUAGAGACAGUUUUGUGGAGACGUUAGAGGGUUGGGCGAGGACGGUUGUAACGGGCCGGGCCAAGCUCGGUGGGAUCCCAGUUGGGGUUAUCGCUGUCGAGACGCAAACGGUGAUGCAAAUCAUACCCGCGGAUCCUGGGCAGCUCGAUUCACACGAACGUGUGGUCCCGCAAGCUGGACAGGUGUGGUUCCCGGAUUCCGCUAGUAAAACCGCACAAGCGUUAAUGGAUUUUAACCGAGAAGAGCUCCCGCUAUUCAUCAUGGCCAACUGGCGAGGGUUUUCUGCCGGUCAACGGGAUCUUUUUGAAGGCAUUUUACAAGCGGGAUCGACAAUUGUUGAGAAUCUUAGAACGUAUAAACAGCCGGUUUUUGUUUACAUCCCGAAAACCGGCGAGCUUCGUGGCGGUGCAUGGGUGGUAGUUGACAGCCGAAUCAACUCAGACCAUAUCGAAAUGUACGCGGAAACAACCGCGAGAGGGAACGUUCUUGAACCCGAAGGUAUGAUUGAAAUCAAAUUCCGAAACAAAGAUUUGUUAGAAUGUAUGAACCGACUGGACCCGCAAAUUCGAAACCUCAAACAAAAACUACAAGAAGCGAAAUACGAUCAAACGAUCACCGACCAGAUAAAAGCUCGUGAGAAGCAGCUUUUACCGAUUUACACUCAGAUCGCCACCAAGUUUGCCGAGCUUCACGACACAGCUUUCCGAAUGGCUGAAAAAGGCGUGGUGAAAAAGGUGGUUGACUGGAACAUUUCUCGGGUUUUCUUCUACAAAAGGCUCCGCCGUCGGCUCGCCGAGGCUUCGUUAAUCUGUACCACACGUGAUGCCGCUGGUGACAAGCUUUCCUACAAGGCUGCUUACGAUAUGAUCAAGAAAUGGUUUUUGGACACGAAAACGGAACAACUUUGGCUUGAUGACGAGGCGUUUUUCACAUGGAAAGAUGACCCGUCGAAUUACGCAGACAAUUUAGCCGAGCUGCGUACACAGAAGGUUUCGAAUCAGUUAUUAAAGAUCGGUGGUUCACCAUCCGAUCUGGAAGCUUUACCGCAAGGGCUCGCUGCACUUUUGCAAGAGGUGGAUCCGACGACCAAAAGUAAAUUAGUUGAAGAACUGCGGCGGGUUAUUGAGACUUCGCUGGCGAAAUGAGAAGCCAUUCGGGCCGUGUACACUAUUUAAGAUUAUUUACAUAUUGAGAAUAUUUAUUUUCCUUCAUAAAUUUGUAAAUACAUAUCACAUUUCCAAUAAUAUAUAUAUUCAAUACCAAGAAAUAAUGUUGUGAACCA